AUGGUUCAACAGAGUGGCUUUGCCCCUACCAUCAACUUGGCUGCCCUCGAACUCUCUGCUGCAGCCUUCACUCAAAACUCUCAACAAAUGUCCGAAUCAAACAACAUGCCUCCUCCCAACCGUUUGUCUACCGUUUCGGGCUCCCGCCCCCUCGCUAUUGUCACUGAAACCUCUUCCAGAAAGAGCCGAAAGCGCAUGCGCACCAAGCCUGAAGACGAUGAUAAUCCUCGCUAUCCCCAGCCGCUUGAGGAUUUGUUGAAGAUGACCAUUUUCCAGCUAAGGAAAGUGGCUCAUGAAAAUUCCAAGCAUUCUAUGUCUGCCGCCGACGAGCAGUUCUUCCUUGAUUUCUAUGCUGAGCAAGAAAUACAGCUAGCAAUCAAAGCAAUUGAGCGUGGGGUGUCAAUAUCAAUGGUGCACUCCACCUUGGGCAGACGUGUGGCAUUUAGGGAAGCCAAUCGUUGGAACCGUUUCCUCCAAACUGACCAGGCUCGGUUAAUAUUUCAGCAGAGUGGCCUCGGAGUAAGUGACAAAACUGUCAUGAAAGCACUCUCCGAGGCCUAUCAUAAACUUUCCCCCGAGGAAAAAGCAGCACUUGUGGCCGAACCAGUUCCGACCGAUUCGCCUGCCAGUAACACCCUAGACAAGGAUUUGGUCAACCCUUUGGUCCAACCGCAGGGCGAUCAACGCCCUCAGGAGUCAACUCGCUGCCGACCUGUCCGUCAAGGAGAAGCUGGCCUCACUGCCGAAGAAUUGGCAAUGGAUGACUCUAGCGACGACGAUGAUGAUCCUGUCCAAACUGAACCGGCUUCUGUGCCCACCGUGAAGCGUCCUGUCGAUUUGGCCAUCACCCGAGGGACAGUUAGCCCCAGAAUUUGGUGGGAGCAAGCAGGCAAGGCAAUGGACAAGUGGCUGAAGGAGGCCCUGAAUGUUGCAAAGAGCUGCUCCUGCAAGGUGGUGUUCUUUGCUGUGUCCAACCAUUUGGGUUCUCACAGUUUCCAGCUUUUUCGAACUACCCCUGGUGCCGCCGCUGAACACAAAGUCAUCACUGACAAUGAUGGUAUAAACCGUUAUCCAGCCAGGCUUCAAGCCUACAUAACUGGUGUCAAUAUCAGCCAAGUUGCUGCGGCUCGGAGGGUAUCGUCGAACCCGAACUCUCUCAAGUCCUUGCUCUCGCAGCUCACCAGUGCCAUGUCAAAAUUUGCUGAACACGAGACAGGUGGUAUCUUGACUGAUUGGCCCUGGACUGAAACAGAGCACAACCUAUGGAUAGCUGGGUAUCGGCUUCAAAUCUCGGCUGGACCUGCUUUCCGAGAAGAGUGGCUCAAGACCCCUACACGUGGACGAAAGCUUGUUGAGGUCCGCAUUUUCUUGCGAGAAAUUCGCGAGAAAAGGAUUCGGCUGGUUGCUAGGGCGGGUGACGAGGAAGAACCUUGCUGGGGUCCUGGCCCUACCAAAAAAUGUCCAACGUGUGGUCAUUUGUCAAAAAAUAUUUCUCCAUCUGACCCCCCUGCAGGUGAAACUGCAAGUGCUCGGGAGGACAGCAAUCCUACUACAGCCUGA